CGUCGAGUACGGUUGUUAAUAUUACAGUCAGAUAAGAUUAAAAACGUUCAAUUAAUUCACAGACGUCUUCUGAAAAUAAUGGCGCUCCCGGAGACUUUCGUGGCGGGUUUUCACGAUGAAAACGCCGUUAGGAAAAUGACCUAUACAAAACUAGGCAGCACAUCUCUUAACGUGUCGAAAAUAUCGCUGGGAACUGGUGGAUUUUGCUACUUUUAUGGCGAAUAUAACAUCGAAGAUUGCAAAAAGACUGUUCACGAAGCUAUCAAAAGCGGUAUUAAUUACAUAGAUACCGGGCCCUGGUAUGGACACGGGGAAGCUGAGGAGAUUUUGGGCAAAUGUUUGGAGGGGAUACCCAGAAAAGCCUAUUAUCUGGCAACGAAAAUAGGCAGAUACGAGAAGGAUCCGAAUUUAAUGUUCGAUUUUUCUGCGAAGAAAACGAAGGAAAGCAUAGAAGCCUCGUUGAAGAGAUUACGAGUCGAUUACGUGGAUGUUUUACAAGUUCACGAUGUGGAAUUUUCCCCUAGUUUGGAUAUCAUUCUCAAUGAAACGUUGCCAGCAGUUCAAGAAAUAGUUAAAGCCGGUAAAGCAAAAUUCAUAGGAAUUACCGGUUAUCCAGUUUCGACUUUACGCGACUGCAUCGAAAAGAGCCAUGUAACAAUAAACAUGAUACUAAGUUAUACAAGGCUUACCAUGAUUGAUAAUACUUUGAGCGCGUUCGUGCCGUAUUUGCAAGGGAAGAAUGUAGGUGUAGUUAAUGCCUCUGCAAACGGGAUGGGUUUGCUGAGUAAUUUUGGACCGAGAGACUGGCACCCGGCUCCCCAAGAAAUCAAAGAUGCUUGUACUGCAGCCAGAAAUAUAUGCAAGGAAAACAAUGUAGAACUGGGAAAAUUGGCGAUUUUCUACAGUUUACAACAGGAAGGUCCGGAAACUGUUUUAAUAGGAAUGAAUACAUCAAACCUAGUGCAUGAUAAUUUAGAUGUGUUGAUUAAUGGUUUAAAUAAAAAAGAAAUGGAGCUGUAUGAAGAAGUGUUAAAGAUUUUCCAAAAUUUAAAAGUGAAACAUUGGGAAAACUACGAACUGGAAAACUACCGAAAACUUAAAAAAGGAGAAAAAACCGACGGUCAUUUUUUCACUACUAAAUAAACCAUCCAUAUUUCAAUAAAACGAAAUACAUUUUAAACCCCCUAAAUCGCAUGUUACUAUGAAAUAUAAAAAAAAUUUAUUAGCAUAUAAAUCGAACAAUUAAAACUUAAUGUUAAUAUUUUAUUAUCACAUCUUAUCUAAACCAACGAGACGUUUACCAGAUAUCACAGGCCCUUAUCGUGCUCGAUCUAGAGAUCAGUCUUCGGCCCCAAUGAGACCGGUAUCGCUGCCAAUUCUGUCCUCAAACACAGCACCUCGCCGCACACGCACAUUAUCGUUGCACAGGCCACGUUCAGGGCCCACCAGGAGAAGGUGGUCGGGAACUGCUGGUUGUAGAACCAGCAGAUUACCAGGUGGAUCACGUGCCAGGUGCAACUGAAAUCCAUGCAUUGUUUUGUUCUUUCUACGAUGUACCACAACGCUAGAGCUCUGUGAAAUAGUCGAAAUUAGAAAGGAUUUUUGAAUGUAAUGAGUGCUGUAUUUACCCGACUGCAGCGUUUAUAACAAAACUACAUAUAACGAUCUGCCCUCCGGAGUCUCGGAUUUGUAUUUCCUGUAAUUAAAUAUGAUAAUAGAUAAAAAUAAUCAUAAAAUUGAAUUUGUAACUUACGUGAUAUUGAAAAAUGUUGUCUAAAGUCUUCGGUUCCCCAACCAACGAACCCAACACGAUUAACCACAAACCCAACGUGAAAUAUAAAAUACAUUGUACAGAAGUUAUUUGAAAGAUUAUUAACCACGGAUCCCAUUGCGUGUACCGGAAAGAUCCAGUUAAUUUCUUCAUAUUUACAAUUGGCUUUAAUUAAAGGUACUCUUGAUGAUACACUGUUUAAUUGGCUAGUUAAUUCAAAACAUUUCUCAACAGUAAAGUGAGUUAUACAAUCAUUAUAAACCAAUUAUUUGUAGUGAUAAUAACUUACUUUGAAUAUUUGUGACCAGAAAUUUAAUUUUAAAUCAACAAUAUGACGAAAUUGAAAUGAAAAAUGUCAAAACAUAUUAG